CCACCAUCAUGCACGAACCACUCCGCCCUUGUUAUUGCGCAUGGACCCGGUGGUCUCUCAGACGACGUGCAAUGGUUUCAUCCUUGAUAUGGACCUACCAAGCGGUGGUUAAAUACCAGGCUGGGCCCUGUAUCAUGCCAUCUCCCUCGUACCGCGUCCCUUUCCCAAGGCAUCACCGACAAUGUCUCAUAACGCCCCCAUUCAUCUUCCUUCAAACCUAGGGACACACUCUGACAAACCGUCAUGCACGCCUGACUGUAUUCUUGCUACGCACGAUGAUCAUCGCGGGAGGACCGGCCGAUACGUGACCGUGGGGGACAUUCGUACCACGCAAACACCCCUCUUGGCUGCCUUCUACACUUUCCUCGAUGGAUACUCCCAGACACGCACGUCGACCCAUAUCUCGCAGUCGCUCGCGCUAUCCUCGACCCAUCGGCGCUCCAUCCCGACGGCGUCUCGAGACUCCAGCACCUGUGGCAGCAGAACCAGGCCUUGUAUCGUUACUGCAGUGACUCCUGGCGUUGCUCAAGUCUUCCUCAUGGGUACUUUCGAAGGUGCCACCAUAGACAAGCUCAACCCAUACCUUCGAGAGUACGUUGCCGUCCUCUUCUCGCGCACGUCUCCCUUCAACAGCGACCUUCUGGAGGAGAGCAACACCGCGCAUUUUCAUAGCUCUCCGGAGUGGACACAGGAGAAGCAGUUCACCCAGUACAUCAUACCUCUCAUACAAGAUAUCGACAUAAAUGCUGUCUGCGGGCGCUGGUGGAUACGGCGGACGGCCGGUGGCGACUCAUCAUACUCAGGCGAUACUACUCAGGGAGAGGGGUAUCGCAUGAACGCAGAGAACUUGUUCGAACUACGCACCCACUCCAACGACGCGUUGCGAGACCUGAAGCAGCGGUGCAACGAUAGGAAGUACCGAGCCGAACUUCGUCAUGCGCUCGACGAUAGACCAAAGCCGGUCAGCGGCACAAAGUCGCGCACUCGCUCGACUCACAGCGUCUCGUCGGCGGCAAGGCGACCCUCGAUCGCCUCGUCUACGCUCAGCGGUAUCUCGGAAUCGGACACUGCAUCCUCAGUAACGGAGACCAUCGCCUCGCGCGGCGAAAGGCCAUCGGACUCUAAGUCCUGGCGCAGUGAACUGUCCAGUCCCGACUCAUAUCGGUCGCGCCAGCCCCCGACCAAAUCCGAUUCCCCUCAGGCGCCGAAGGCAGCAAGGCGGAACUCAAAGACGCCGUCUCUGCGUUCAUUAUUAGCACGUCCAUUCCGACCUUCACCAUUGACGAAUUGCUCACAAGCAUCCAUUGCUUCACCUACAAGGUUUUCUGUCCUUCGCGAGGUCGCCAUAUGAUUCGUCGCUGGCCGGGGCUCAACUGGAUGAGAUUGCGGGCAGUCUCAUCACGAUCAGGUCUUCGUUCUCGCGUGAGCGGGAGACGCAGGCGGGUCUUGCACACAUCUCGAGUAUCACUCUCUGUAACUUAGGUUCAACCUGCAGUCGCUAGUAUGGUCCAAGCAAACGACCGCGGCACAGUAUCGCGUAUAUUAUCUUAGUGCAUUAAUAAUCAUGUCCUGAGCGCAU